AUGAAAGAACAAGAAGAUAAACUAAAAGAGGUUAAAAAAAAAGUUAGAAUUUUUCGUUUAGUAAUGAGUGGAGUUGGAAUAUGGCCAUAUGAAAAUCCUACAAUUUAUUAUCGGUUAUUAGCAUGUCUCGUUGCAUUUUUAUUAUUACAAACAUUUUGUGGAUGUAUUAAUUUUAUCGUUGCAAAUAGUGAUAAUUUAAUGAUCAUGCUAAAUGGUAUGGGGCUGUCUUUGAGCAUUUCAUGUGUUAUGUUAAAAGGUGGUAGUUUAAUUUAUUUUCGUAAAGAUAAUAUAAGAAUGAACAAAAAGCUAGAAGAAUUAAUUGAUAAACAAAUGAAAGGACCAGAAGAUGUUUGUAAUGUUAUGUUAGAACCAAUGGUUGUAUUUGCAAGAAAAAUAUUUUAUUUAAUAUAUUGUUUGGGUUUUGGUAUGGUAUUGGUUCAAUGGUUAAGACCAACAGUGGCAAUGACAAAACAAUAUAUGCAUGGUUAUAAUAUAACAUAUCGACGCCCAUUUCCAUCUGUUUAUCCAUGGAAAAUUGAGCCUGGAAGUGAUUUAUGGAAAUUUCAUUUUUUUGUUGAUUCAAUAACAACAUGGUUUUAUUUUUCAAUUGGUAUUAGUACUGAUGAAAAUUUUACACAUCAAGCAGCACAAAUUAUUGGUCAAUUUAGUGCAUUAAAUUAUGAAAUAUCAAAUUUAAAAGUUGAAGAUGUUAAUAAUGAUAAAAUGAAAGAUUUUGUUGAAAGACAUCAAGAUUUAAUGGAUCUUUGUCAAACUUUAGGUGAUUGUAAUGGAUUAAUUGUUUUAGUUGUGACAUUGGCAGCAGCAAUUAUACUUUGUACUUUAUCAUUUCAAUGUAGCAAGAUGGAAACUAUUACAGUUGGUGAAUUAACUUGGCUGCUAACAUAUAUUUUUUAUAAAUUAUUACAAAUUUUUUUAUUUGCAUGGAGUGGAGAAAUAAUUAAAAAAAAAAGUGAAGAACUUCGUGAUAAUGUUUAUGGAAUUGCUUGGACAGAUAAAGCUGAUCCAAAAGUUAAUCAUGCAGUGCGUUUUAUGAUGCAUCAAAGACCAGUGGUGUUACAAGCUCUUGGAAUAAAACCAAUAUCUGCUGAAUUAUUUUCCGGGGUUGUUAAUACAUCAAUGUCUUAUUUUUUCUUACUACGAACAAUAAGUGAAUAA